AUGUUUCUUGCUAAGUUCUUCACGCAACGUUCUCUAACUCCUAGUUACGGGAUUUUGAAUGUCUCUAGAACAUUACAACAUAAAACAUCAACACGAAAAUCUACAGAAGCGCAUCCACCACUAAAUCUGAAACCUAAAUUUGAUCCUAUUCAGUUCGAAAAUUCAUUGAAACCGUACGCUGAACAGGUGACAGUAGAAAAUCAAUAUGAAAAAUUAUCGAAUUUGAUAUUACCACUAUCGAAUCAUUCAUAUGAAGAACAAUUAAAAAUUAAAUACGAUAUAGUUGAACAGUCAUUUGAUCAAAUUGGCCGUGCUAUUCUAUGGGAUAAACGUGUCGAUAAUCAAGUUUUGAAAUAUGUCGAAUUUCAAGAGGGUCCAUUUUGUCAUGUCGAACCAAUUAUUCCAUCGCUGAAUAUCGAACAAUAUCGAUGUAAAGAUGAGCUGUCAUGUGGCUACGGAGUAGAUGGUCAAAAAACACUCGGGUUUUAUAUCAAUCCAAAGAAUAGUAAAAACUUUCCUAAUACUCUGUGUGUAUCACCGAUACAUUUAAAAAGUAUGAAAUCAAAACAUAUUCUAGCAGUGAAACAUUUUGAUCAAUUUCUUAAACAACACGCUUUACCCGUAUGUGAAAAUACAAGCGUAUUAAAAAAAGAUCAAUAUUGGCGUUCGAUCAUCUUGAGAUCAAACGAACAAAAUGACUUAAUGAUGACUGUGGUUGUUCAUCCUCAGUCAUUAAGUAAGAAUGAAAUCGAUCAAGUGAAAAAAGAUCUGCUGAAUUAUUUUAUCGAUGGAUCAGGUCGUGAAUGUGAAAUUAAUUCUAUUUAUUUUCAAGCAUGUGCUAAUAAUCGUUGUACAAGUGAAGAAAAUCCAUUUGAACUAAUUUAUGGAGAUGAAUUUAUAUACGAAAUAUAUAAUGAAAAAAAAUUUCGCAUUUCUCCAGAGUCAUUUGUACAAGCAAAUAAAAAAGCUGCCGAAUUGAUUUAUGAAUUGACAUUAAAACACGCUCAAAUCGAUGAAAACACAAUCGUAUUAGAUAUCGGAUCAGGCAUUGGUGUUCAUUCCGUCAUGGCUUCAACGAGUGCUAAGAAAGUCUACGCUAUUGAUCCUUUAGCAUUAUGCAUAGAAGAUGGAAAAUUCAAUGCAAAAUUAAAUAACUGCCGAGAUAAUAUCGAAUGGAUCUGUGGUUUCAGUGAAAUACACUUACAUCGAAUCUUAAAGAAACUCGGAGAUUUACAUGGCAAUCAUUCUCGUAUUGUAGCUAUUGUUAAUUCAUCGCGGUACAGUCUAUCUAACAGAAUAACAACAGUACUUCGCAGUAUAUCGGCUAUUCAACGAAUCGUUUAUGUUUCAUGUAAAUCAGAUGAGCAAACAAUGCAUAAUUUUUAUGAAUUAGCAGCUGCUGAGCGAUCAAAAUUAAAAAAAGCGACAUCACCAUUUAUACCUACUAGUGUUUAUCCGAUUGAUCUACUUCCGCAUACGAUACAUGCCGAAGUUGUUGUAAACUGUGUUAGAGUGUAA